AUGACUAAGGCUACCAUACCUGAACAGUUAGCCUUUGGAGGUGAGUCGGGGCCCUGGGUGGUUAAUGUCAGCGAGACCCGAGAAUGUCCAAUACUUGGUGAAAGAGGCAGUUUCCAGGCAAAAUUCCUGUCAUUCCUAGCAAGUGAAGGGAAGACUCUAGCUGAUGUCUCAGGCUGGUUUGGGCCUACUCCAGCGCCACCUGUCGCUCCAGACUUGAACACCAAACUCGUGGAUGCCAUCUCUUCACUUGUGGAGAAAUGCCAAGCCACGCCUAUGGACGGACUCGGCUAUCGUAAACUUCGCUUGUUCUCCGGUGUGAAACCAACUCCACCGGGAGAGGAAGAGUAUGAUGCCUGGGCUGAGCAGACCACUCACAUGUUGGAUGAAUGGCAGUGUUCAGAUAUUGUCAAGAAGCAGAGGAUAGCUGAGAGUCUCAAAGGGCCAGCAGCAGACAUUGUCCGGUGCUUAAGGGUUAGUAACCCCUCUGUCACUGCCGAUGAUUACCUCAAAGCCCUGGAGGCAGCUUUUGGGACCACAGACAGUGCGGCUGAUCUCAUGGUAAGGUUCCGUGGUACAUUCCAGCAGGAAGGUGAGAAACUAUCAGCAUACUUGUUCCGUCUAGACAAACUGUUGCAUGCAGUUCAUCGUAAAGGUGGGGCUGAGGUGGCCGACCUGGACCAAAUUCGCAUUGAGCAGGUUGCACGAGGAGCUCUGUCCCAUGAUCUUGUUGCCAUGCGCAUCCGAACGAUGUAUAAGCUUAAACCUCCUCCAAGUUUCACGGAGUUGCUCCGUGAUGUCCGAGAAGAAGAGGAAAUGAUCCUGGCAAGGCAAAGUGUGGGGAACGCUGCUCUUCCAGCAAUGGUUAGGUGUGUGGGGUGCGCUACACCCUCCCCCGUACCAGUGCAGCCUGAAAAUGUUGCAGUACCUGUGGUAGCGGGGAAUGGUCAGGAAAUAGAACGGCUCAGGGAAGAGUUCAGAGGGCUAAAGACGGAGGUUGCCCGGCUGUUUUCUGCCUCGAUAGCUGCCUCCGAUGGCAUACCACAGCAGACCAUGCAGAAUCUCAAUCCGAAGGGUACAGGGACCUUGUAUGCCUGCGGAAGGGAGGGUGCUCCCAGACCCCAGUAUCGUGCUGGUGUUUUUUGCUAUCGAUGUGGUGAAGAUGGGCAUUUCCAGCGAGAGUGUCCUAAUCCAGAGAACCUUCGAAAGGUGACGAACCGACUAUUGAAAUUAAGGCAGCCGCCGGGAAACUUCCCAGGGGCCCAGUGA